AUGGCAUACGAUGGGCCUGACGCCAGCGAGUACUAUACGCUCAAGGAUCCACGCGAGGAGGGAAAGGAGUGUCUAAAGAAGCUGGAAGAGCAGAAGCAGAGGGAGUUGGAGAUCCAUCGACUCAAUGUCGAGAGCGUUCGGGCAACUUAUAAGGCUCUCACAAAGGAGAGGAGAAGGAGGAAGAAGAAGAAGAGGAAGAGGAGAGAGAGAAGAGAUAAAAAGGGAAAAAAGGAGAGCAAGGAGAAUAGGGAAUUCUCUCUUAUCACUCUCAAAGAUCCUGGAUAUUUAACCAGGUUGACAAAAGGCGGCAAAUGGGUUCCCCAUGGCUACAUUGAGAGCAAAUUAUUCGACCUCUACUCCGUGGAUUACAUAGAGAACUAUUAUUGCGAGGAUAACUACCACUAUUGGAAGUACGUGGAGUUCUAUGAAGAGGUACUGGGAUCCAAUAGCGAGUCAAGCUCCCGACGGGGACAAGUCUUACCUUCUAGGAAGAAGCAGAUGAUCGAAGGCCACGUUUACGCGAGCCCCGACUACAACAUUCAAUUCCCGCUAUUCCGCGCCCCGGCGCGCGCAAGCCUGAAGAAAUACUGGUCCGAGGAGUUAGAAGAGGGGGGACACAAAAUCGGCGUUCAGUUCCUUGCAGAGGACUGCGUGAGGAUGUUGGUCGGUCGGGAUAUUAUCAAGAUGAUGAGGCGAGACCCUCUUCCCGAUAAUGCCCCCGAUGUCUUCGAGUUUGUUGGCAUCACUCGCGGUAGUGACAAGCGGAAGACGGAUAUAUAAGUGGAAGCUGAGAAAAGGGGCGUGGCUCUCUUCAUCGCCGUAACGAGCCUUUUUUCGGGUUGAAUCACUUGGUGAAUAGUGAAUUGGCGGUAGCGGCGCUUGUGUUAAUGUGCGUCCCUGGAUGAUAUUAUUGAAGAAGUAUUGGGGGUUAGAUUAUUAUAUUUAUUGUAUAAUACAUACCUAGGUAUGAAG